GAAAAAAGAUCAGUAUUUGUCUUCAUAAAGCAUUUUUCACAAAGACUAGAGAAAUUGUUUAAUCUCAAACAACCGAAGCUCUGCGGCUUUUCACACACAUAAAUGAAUGAAUCAUUUUAUUCUACAUUAACUUCAAUUGAUUUUUCUUUCAAGAGAGUUUUACAAGAGAGCAACACAUCAUCAGUGCAGACAGAAGCACAGAAGCCAUCACCACGCAGAGCCAGUGGUGAGUGUUCAUCUCCUUGUCUGAAUGGAGGUCAGUGUGUCCAUCCAGAUUCCUGUAACUGCACUUUAUACCAGGCCACAGGAACACACUGUCAGACAGUUCCCAAUUUAGGCUUUGAGCGAGAGAUGACGUGCCGCUCGUGGGGUCAAUACAACUAUGAAACUUUUGAUGGACUUUAUUACUUCUACCCUGGGAAAUGUAGCUACACAUUACUGAGAGAAUGUGAAGACAGUCAGUCAAGUGUCCAUAUACAGGUGCAUAAUGACCCAGAAUGCAAUUCUUUCCCAUACUCCUGCACACGCUCCAUCAGUCUCUUCCUACCGUGGGAGGGAGAGCUUAGGUUACAGAACUUCAAUGUUACAUUCAAGGGUCAAAGCGUGCAGCUGCCCCAUAACAUCCAUGAUGUUGAACUUGAGAGGAUCUCGGACUACAUAAUAGUGUCUCAGCCACAGGGUUUUACACUGGCCUGGCAGGGGCUCACUGGCUCUGUGUACAUUAAGAUGAGUCCUCAGUUUGUGGGACGCACUUGUGGAUUGUGUGGGAAUUUCAAUGCUGACACGCAGGAUGACCUGAAGACCAGCUAUGGUAUUUUCACACAGGAUUUGGCCAUGUUUGGAAACAGCUGGGCAGAGGAUGAGCCAGAGCGAGCCAGAUGCCCUGUCGUCUCCUCUCUUUACCCUUCACCGUGUGCCACGCAAAGUCCUUAUGUCAUAUCGACAGUGGAGGAAGUAUGUGCCAUCCUUUUAAAAGAGCCGUUUAUGUCCUGCCACGAGUUUGUCAGUCCAUAUUCAUACAUGGCCAGCUGCUCCAAUGACCUCUGUCUAUCUGGUUCCAGAGAUGAUAUCAUAUGCCAGGUGUUUACAGAGUAUGCCAGGGCAUGUGCCCAUGCUGAACACACUCUACAUAACUGGAGAGCACACUUUCCUGAGUGCGCUGUCGAUUGCCCUGGUGAGCUACAUUUCAGAGAGUGUAUCCCAUGCUGCCCUACGCAAUGCAACAUUGAACGCAUGUGUAUAGACAGCAAGCUUCAGUGUUUGGAUGGCUGUUAUUGCCCUGAAGAUUUGAUCUUUGAGGAUGGAGUGUGUGUUAAGGCAUCGGACUGUCCGUGUGAGCAUCAUGGUAUGCUCUACCCCUCCGGUCAAAUCAUUCAGGAAGACUGCAACAACUGCACGUGUGUUGGGGGAAUAUGGAACUGCACAGAGCACAACUGUCCAGGAGAAUGCUCUGUGACCGGGGACAUGUUCUUCCAGUCGUUUGAUGGCCGCAUUUACACCUUUCCUGCUACGUGCCAGUAUGUCUUAGCCAAGAGCAGAAACUCGGGCAGGUUCACCGUGACCAUUCAGAAUGCACCCUGUGGAACCAAUCUGGAUGGUGCUUGUAUUCAGUCCGUGAACCUGGUGAUUGAUGAAGAUCCACGUACUGAGAUCACCAUGAGCCACAGUGGAGAGGUUUUUCUAGCCAGCCAGUUUAGAAUCUCACUCCCAUAUUCAGAUGAUGUGUUUCAGAUCCAGGAGCUGUCGUCGAUGUUUGUUCAGGUGAAGUCAUCGCAGGGUCUGCGUCUGCAGUAUAACUGGAGAGAGUUUAGACUGUAUCUGCAGCUAGAGGAGCAGUGGAGAGAUGAUACUGUUGGACUCUGCGGAACCUUCAAUGGGAACUUUCAGGAUGACUUCCUUGCUCCCUCUGGCAUGAUCGAGAGCACACCAUACUUGUUUGGAAAUGCAUGGCGAGUGUCUUCGGCAUGUGUGCCACGGCCAAGCCUACCCCAGCUUGACCCUUGUGACACGCACCAGCAAGCAGCGGCUUAUGCAGUGGAGAAGUGUGACGUGCUGAUGCAGGAGGUGUUUGCUGCCUGUCAUGAGUAUGUGAGUCCUAUGGGGUAUCAGCUGCAGUGUCGUGCAGACGUCUGUAAGUGUGGUGCGCCCUGCCUCUGCUCCAUCCUUGCUCACUACGCCCGUACCUGCAGGAGACACGGCGUCAUAGUUGAGUUCCGCUCACAUGUGACUGAGUGUGCCAUCGCAUGUCCACCCACCAUGGAGUACGGAGUGUGUGUGUCUUUAUGCCAGCGUCGUUGCCUGUUUCUGUCUGUUCCACAGACUUGUGGAGAUGAGUGUGAGGAGGGCUGUGUGUGUCCAGAAGGAACAUACUUGAACACACAUACACACACCUGCGUGCCACAGAGUGAGUGUCCCUGCAGUUUUCUGGGUGCAGAUUACUCACCCGGAGAUGUGAUCAUGACAUCAUCGGGUGUACAAAUUUGCCAAGAUGGAAAGCUAUUUUCCCAGAGCACUAUUAUUGAUUCGCUGUGUCCACCGGACCAGUUUUAUGAGGAUUGUGGGAACAGAGUGGACAGGCUCUCACCCAGUAAAGGUUUAGCUUGUGAACAGACCUGCGAGUCGUAUUUACUAAACCUCACUUGCUCCGCCCAUGAGCCGUGUGUGCCCGGCUGCGUCUGUCCUGCAGGGCUCCUAAAACAUGGCGAUGAGUGUUUCGAGCCACACGCAUGUCCUUGUUUGUGGAAAGGGAAAGAAUAUUACCCAGGAGACCGAGUAUCAUCCCCCUGCCAUCAGUGUGUGUGUCAGCACGGGACGUUCCAGUGUGAAUUCCGACCGUGUCCAUCCAUGUGUACGACGUAUGGAGAUCGACAUUACCGCACGUUUGACGGUUUCCUAUUUGAUUAUAUCGGUGCCUGCAAGGUUUAUUUGGUCAAGAGUUCAGUUGAUGCAAUGAUGAGUGUCACAGCGGAGAAUGUGGACUGCUUUGAGAGUGGCGUGAUCUGCAGGAAAUCUCUCCUCAUCUCUAUUGGUCGCUCCUUCAUAGUGUUUGAUGAUGACUCCGGCAGACCUAACCCAUCCAGUGUGAUCGACAGGCAGAAAGCAUAUAUCUGGCUGGCAGGAUACUACACUAUAGUGCAUCUGCUUGGGGAGGACCUCACAGUGCUUUGGGACAGAAAAACCACCAUCCACAUACAGGCUGGACCCCGCUGGCAGGGCAAGCUAUCUGGUCUGUGUGGAAACUUUGACCAGAAGACAGCGAAUGAGAUGAGAACACCAGAGAACAUUGAUUCAUCCACACCGCAGGAGUUUGGCAACAGCUGGACAGCAGCAGAGUGUGUGAACAGCCCUGAUAUAAGGCACCCUUGCAAUCUGAACCCUCUUCGGGAGCCCUUUGCAAAAAGACAGUGUGGAAUUUUGCUCAGUGAAGUGUUUCAAGUCUGCCACCCAGUGGUGGAUGUCACGUGGUUCUAUAUGAACUGUCUGGCAGACACGUGUGGUUGUAAUCGUGGAGGAGACUGCGAGUGUUUCUGCACCAGCGUGGCGGCAUACACUCAUCGCUGCUGCCAAAAGGGCGUGACAGUGGAUUGGCGCUCCCCUUCCGUCUGCCCUCAUGACUGUGAAUACUACAACAAAGCUUUAGGGAAAGGUCCAUUUAAGAUGUUGACCUACAGAGAUAGAGGCACAUUGUUAGCAGUCAAUAAGACAAGUGGACUGGUGUUUCCAAAAAGAGACACUGCCAGAACUGAUGAGGUUCUGACACUGUUCAUGAUGACACCAGGCCUCAGCAAAGUCAGACCACAUGAUUCAUCACUGGUGUCAUUUGAGGCAGCAGACAGACCCAACUACUUCCUGAGUGUAGAGGGCAGUGGCCAGCUAAGACUGCAGAAAUGGGAAGAAACUGCAGCAUUCUGGGAUGCAGCUACAUUUGUUCUUCACAUGGACACAUGGAUUUCAGGCUUUGAUUCACUGGAGUCCUUGGCAAGGCCUGGUUAUUUCUUACAUUUCAUGAUGUCCAGAUUCCAGCUCAUGAAAUACAGUCACUCAGAUCGCUACCGCAGGGCUACUUUAUUCAGACUGACAGGCACCAUACCGGACUAUCCAAUGGGUCCUCGAUGUCAGUGGCGGUAUGAAUCAUGUGUGAGUCCGUGUUUCAGGACAUGCAGUGAUCCAUCAGGUCUGAGCUGUACCAGCAUACUAAAGGUGGAGGGAUGCCUGCCCCAGUGUCCAAGUCACAUGGUAUUAGAUGAGGUCACUCACAGAUGUGUCUAUCCGGAAGACUGCAUUAAACCAGUCGUUGUACCUCCAUUCACACCACCCAGCACUGCAAUAACAUCGACAUCAUCCUCAGCAAUUUCCACCUUGAGUGUUCCUGCUGUUUCAACAUCAUUCACAAUCAAAACUAUGCCAGAGUCCAGCACCACUGCUGCUACACCUACAACACGCAUGCCAACGACUGAAAAACUCACCUCGUCUGCUGUCACACCUGUUCUAUUGGAAACCAUUACCACAUUAACAACAUCCUCUUCCUCCUCGAUCCCGCUGGCGUCCACUGAGAGAACCACUAGAGCACCAAGCAGCACUGACAGUCCCACUUUCCCCACCACAGUGCAUACUACCUCUAUCUCAGCAUCUCUCUCUGUGACCUCUACAACAACCCAGCCAACAGAGUCCUCAGUACCACUCACCAGGACCACAACUAUCCCGACUGUGAGCCAUACUUUGUCAUCUACCUCAAGUAAGGAGCCAACCAGAGUAAGCACUUUACAUGUGCUUCCAGUCUCGACUAGCAUGAGCUCAACACAAGCCACUUCCCCAACAGUGGAAGUCUCAUCUCCCCUCACCUCACGUACCUUGAGUUCUGAGUCCCCCAGAGUCUCAGAGACCUUGAAAGUCACUGAAAAGACCACAACUCCAACUAUGAUGUCUAGUAGUAGCUCACAGACUGCUUCUGAAACCAUCAGCACGACAAAGUUCACUUCACCAGCACCCACAACACCAAUAUCAGCUUUAAGUACUUCAGUCACAACAGCAAAUCUCACAGUUUCUACAUCUCUACACACUUCAAAGACAACGCAUGAGAGCACCCCUGAAAUCCAGAAACCUUUGGAUACAACUACAUACAAAACUGUUUCUACCCCCCCGCCAGAUACAGAAACUUCAACCACCCACAUACCAGUGAAAUCAACCAGCUCUGCUUUUCCAACACAAUCUCCAACUCAAACAACACCUUUUAUUCCAUCAACCUCAGACCAACCUGAAACAUCAAAAAGUACAUCCGUCUCCACAACCGCUCCAACAACCCACAUCACCAAAAUGUCCUCCCAAGCGCCUGUUUUUGUGCCAACAGAAAUCACAACAAAAGCAGCACAUCAGCCAACAUAUUUUGUUCAAACCUAUCCUGAAGUUCCAACAACUGGGAGGAUGUUACAAACAGACUGGAGAGAAAUCCAAACCACAUCAACUCCGUCUAUACCUUCUGAAACCUCCCGAACCACUGCCAGAACAACAGAGACCUUAGUUACCACCUACACCACCAUCCCAUUCACCUCAGCACCUACAGAAACAACAUCAACCCUACUAACAUCCCACGUGUCACUAACUGAAAAAACAACAUCCACAGCUACAUCUGCUUCUGCAAUAGACAUCACAGAGUCUCACUGGGGUUUAGAUUCCACAACUGCUUACCUCACAGAUAAAGUCAGCACAUCACCACCUCCACCUUAUUCUAUGAGCACACUAACUGCAGUGCCUGAGGUCACUUCACAAUUGACAGUGACAACGGCAACAUCAGAAUCUAAAACUCAAACAAAACCCACAGAAACAAGUGUCACUUCUGAGAAGUCUCUACUAACUUCCACCACGACUGAAAAGGAGACGGUUUCCAUCAUUCAAACAUCAACAACCAAACCCAUGACCGCACUGCCUGUCACAGACACCUCUAGGGUUUCUCCUGACAGGGAUGUAACCGUUCCGUCAACUGCUUCAACAACACAAACGUCAACAGUCUUGCGUGAGUUCAUCAGCACUUCCAGUACAACUCCUGAACUCACAACGCGUGUCACACCAGUCGUAACCUCAUGGGUGUCUGUUGCUACCACACAAGACGAAACUCCAGGAAGAGUAGUCACAACUAGCACUUCCCGUCCAGCCACAGAUGAGACAUCACUUACAACACAACACACUACCCUACCCACAGAUAAAAUGACCACCGCAUCCACAGAUACAACCACAAGUAUUCCUGUCGCUACAACACACUCCACUGAAAGCACGACUGAAUACACAACUGGAUUUACAAAAGACACUACUGAAUCCGUUCCACAUUCCACCACUCUGCCGUCAGUAACCGGAACAACGACGUCUGCUCUGGUGGCCAGCUUGGCAUCAGUUGUCACCCAGACUGCCAGUACCACAGCAGUAGCACCUGUUUCUCCUACUGUCACUGAGAUCAUUGCCAUCACCAGCAUGAGCAGCUCCACAGAGCGCCCUCUGGUGGAUAAACCUACCUCAGUCACGUCCAAACCGCCUGCUCCAGACACUGUUCUGACAACACUUGCUUCAUCCGUGAUGACCAGCCCUCCCUACACCACACAACCAGAGCACUGGAUGACUACCCAGACACCUGCGGUUUCCAAAACUACUGCACUCAUGCCCGGCAGAGUAUGCACUUCUCCAUACUCAGAGGUUGUGGAUGAAUGCACUAAGCUUAUUUGUGUGAGCGGCCAGUUGCUUCUCUUCAAUAAAUCCCAGAGCUGCCUUUAUGAUCCGACACCUCCAAACUGUGGUCUGCUUGGCUUCGCUGUACUGGUCAAUGGGGAUAAGUGUUGUCCAAGAUGGAACUGCCCAUGUCGUUGUUCGGUGUUUCCUGAUCUGAAUGUGAUCACAUUUGACGGGAACAGCGUUGCAGUUUUUAAAGCUGCUUUAUUUGUAGUCACUCAGCUUCCCAAUGAGACCAUCAGCAUCCUGGUGCAGGAAUGUUCUGGACCAGAUGACACUCUUGUGUGGAACUUCACCAAUUUGUGUCUGGCAGCUUUAAACAUCACUCACAAAUCCAAUGAAGUUCUCAUCAACCGUCUGCAGAGACGUCUGUAUGUGAACUCCAGGUAUGCAAAACCACGUUUUAAGAAGUUUGGGUUUGAGAUUCUGGACACGGGAAACAUGUAUUUAAUCCGAAGUCCAGCUGGAUUGAAGAUCCAGUGGUUUCACACUACAGGCAUGAUGGUGAUUGAGAUGGACAGCUAUAAAAACAGACUGCCCACCAUGGGCUUGUGUGGUAGUUGUGAUGGUAACCCAUUGAAUGAUCUGACUCUGUCUAAUGGUACGGUUGUGCUGGAACAAGAGGAUCCAGCAGUGUUCAUCGAUAGCUGGCAGAUUUCCAACACCACCAGCUACAUCAAUCACAGCAGAAGGAGAGAGGUCAACUGUACCACCAGUGACUGUUCCCAGUGCAUGAGGAUGUUGAACAACCAGAGCUUUACCAUCUGCCAUCCUUAUGUGCCUCCAUCAACGUUCUGUGAGAUGUGGGUGAGAGAUGUGGAGUAUGUGAAUAAUCCCUGCGUCGCUUUGGCCGCUUACGCUGCAUCCUGCCACAAAUUUAACAUCUGCAUGGAGUGGAGGAGCUUUGAUUUCUGCCCAUUUGCUUGCCCAGAAAAUCUGCGCUAUCAAGCCUGUUUGCCAGCCUGCACUGCCCCUUCCUGCUCAAACCAAGAAUUUGAGUUCGUCCCAGAGCAAUGCACCGGCCUUUCAGAGGGAUGUGUGUGUCCAGAGGGAACUCUACUACACCGGCCCUAUUCUUCUCUCUGCAUUCCACCCAGCAAGUGUGCAUGUACGGAUAGUUUUGGAACGCCACGAGCGCUGGGAGAGGUAUGGAAAGCCUCACUGGACGGCUGCUGUAUGUACAAGUGUGAGAAUGAUAGCAUCGUGCCGGAGGAGUAUAACUGCAGUAACAUCCCUCAGCCGAUCUGCACACGGACAGGAGAGAUCAGUGUGAAUCUGGCAGAUGACAACAGCUGCUGCCCUCACAGAGCCUGUGUUUGUAAUCAGAGUUUGUGUGAAGCUGCUCCUCCAGACUGUAAAUAUGGAGAGAAGCUGGUGUCAUAUCACAAGCAGGACUCCUGCUGUCCGGAAUAUAUGUGUGAAUGUGACCCUGAUCAGUGUGUUCUGGAUAUUCCUGUGUGUCGAGAAGAUCAGACGUUGAUUGCCACACGGGCUGAAGGCAGCUGCUGUUUGGCCCACAUCUGCAUGUGUGACAGAUGCUCUGAGGCGGCUCCGGUGUGUCAGGAUGGAGAAGUGCUUAUCGUUGACACAAACAGCACAGAACGCUGCUGCCCAGCUUACCACUGCUGGUGUGAGCCCUCUCGAUGCUCGUUGGUCACAUGUCCCGCUGGCAUGACUGCAGUUUCCACAAAAAUUCAAGACAUAUGUUGUCCAUCACAGACGUGUGAAUGUGCAUGUGAAAAAAUCCGUCGUCCUACGUGUUCUCUGGGUGAGAGUAUGAAGUUAGACAGAGCAUUUCUGUCUGAUCCAGAAAACCAGUGUAACUGCAAGCGAUUCAUGUGUGUGAGAGAUGGAGUGUGUGUGGAUGGGGUAAGGGGAGUGAUGCGGCCCGGGCAGACACUGGUCGAACAUCGUGAUCAGGGUGUGUGUUACACCACACAGUGUACACACACACUAAACCCCGCCACAGGUUUCUAUCUCCUCAAAGCAACCAGCACCAACUGCACAGCACGCUGCCAGCCUCACCAGAUUUACUUCCCUCCUAAAGACUACAGCAGCUGCUGUGGUGUCUGCAAGAACAUUUCCUGUCUUCACCGGAAUGACAAUGGAUCUGUAACUAUGCACAAGCCCGGGCGCAGCUGGGGGUCUGACUGCAUGCACUAUGACUGUACAGAGACCCUGUCAGGACCCGUUCUUGUCUCUCAUCCCUACAGCUGCCCUCCCUUCAAUGAAACAGAAUGCCUGAAGAUUGGUGGCACUGUUGUGAGUUACAUGGAUGGUUGCUGCAAGACAUGUAAAGAGGAUGGAAAGUCAUGUCAGAAAGUGACAGUAAGGAUGACCAUUAGAAAGAAUGACUGUCGCAGCAACAGACCAGUCAACAUAGUGUCAUGUGAUGGAAAGUGUCCGUCUGCAAGUAUUUACAACUACAACAUCAACACGUAUGCACGCUUUUGUAAGUGCUGCAGAGAGAUGGGACUCCAGCGACGUUCAGUGCAACUUUACUGUAGUGGAAACUCCACGUGGGUCAGUUACUCCAUACAGGAACCUACAGACUGUUCCUGCCAGUGGUCAUAAGCCCAUAAAAAAGUGUAAACCAUAAAAGAAAGUGUUACUUAAAAUUCAACUUGAAAGUUACUGUAACUUCACCAUGAGAUCUGAAGUUUAAAUAGUGUUGUCUUUUCUAUGAAAUUUCUCAAACAAUAUCUCAGAGAAUGGUAUAAAUGGGUGGCUUGUUUGAAGUGUGAGGAAAUGUGGAAGCACAUGCUCUGCUGUGUAAAAAUGAUGCAGGAAUCAAACAGCUCAAUGCGGCUGUGCUUCUGUUCUGUAUAUAUGUUUUUUUAUGACUGAAAAACGCUGAAAUAACACCAACUUACUAAUUGUAUUUAGAAGCUAUUCUGCAGGUAACAUUAUUUGCUAAUGAUUUUAAGUGAUUUGACAUGCCUUAUAACAAUCACGUGUUUAUUGAGUAAUUGACCUUAUGCUGUAUUUUGAGCACUUUAUUUAUUUAUUACCAGCAUUUCUUUAAGAUACAAGACUUUACACACAUACAGUAAGCAUACAUUAUGUGUAGCUCUGAUCUUUGAGGCACUUCAGCUGCUGCAGAAUUCAUAUUUUCUUGAUGUGGUCUAAAUUAUUGAGAGGUUGAAGAUUUUUUCUACGUUAUUGCACGCAUAAAAACUGCUGUAGUUUCUUUAGUGAGAUGUUUAGUACUGACAUAAAACCGAAUAUGUGAA